AUGGAUAAUAGCAGAGCAGGCAAUUGUUUCAAAUGGUCUAUAAUUUUUAUCAUUAUAUUUACCAUUGUUUAUUUAUCUGUAACACAAUUAUCAAAAGCUAGUUUAUAUGGUGUUGUGAAUAUAUUUACUGUUAAAUUUGAUGAUGGAUCAAUAGAAAACUUGAAUGAAAAUUCUAAUAAUCAUUUAUUACUUGAAAAUAUUUCUGAAAAAGAAAAUGAAUUAAUAAAUACAAAAUUAAAAAUAUUUUUUGUUCAAACAUCUGAAAAUGAAGAUAUACUUUCUCGUCAUGCUUGUUCAAUAGAAUCAGCUGCACGCCUUCAUUCUAAUGGCAUAAUAUUUGUUCUUAUGCGUAGUAAAUAUAUUCAUUUAAAAAAAGGUUCAUAUAUUCAUUUACGUUCAUAUAAUAAUAUUUAUUUUGUUCAUUUUAAUGAACAAGAUAUUUAUUUUGGAACAUCAUUAAUGCGAUUAAAUAAAACUAAACGUAAACAAUAUAUACAUUAUUUUUCAAUUUCACACAUGAGUGAUUUUAUACGUACAGCACUUUUAUAUAAAUAUGGUGGAAUUUAUUUUGAUCUCGAUGUAAUACCAUUAAAAAGUUUUCAUAGAUUUUCAAAUACUGUUGGACUUGAAACAAAUGAUGGUGUUAAUGUUGCUGUUUUAGUUUUUGAAAAACAACAUUUAGUAUUAGAUUUACAAAUGGAUAAACAAUUAGAAUCUAUUGAAAAUCAAUUUCAUGCAUUAUGUUGGAAUUGUCUUGGACCAUUAGCAUUAACAGAUGCUUUAAAAAGUGUUUGUGAUCAAAGUCAAUUAUAUAUUCAUAAAAAAGAUAAAUGUCAUCAAAUUGAAAUACAACCAUCAUUUGUAUUUUAUCCAAUAUCUUAUCAACAAAUUCCACAAUUCUUUCGUUGUUCAACAGAAAAUAUAGAAUUUUUAUUAAAAAAUUCAAGUAUAUAUUCAAUACAUUAUUUUCAUCAUAUGACAAUGAAUAUACCAAUUGAAAAAAUGUCACCAUUUGCUCAAAUAGCUGAAAUCUAUUGUCCAAAUGUAUAUAAAGAAUUAAUUAAUCAAAAUUUAUCGAAUCAAUCGUCAAACGUUUUUUUCACAAAUAAUGAUUCUAUUCAAAAUACAACACAAAUUUCAUAA